AUGGACUCCGAGCGCAUCAACAUCAUUAUCACGGGCGCCAGCGGUCUCGUCGGCCCUCUGCUGGCCUCGCGUCUGCUCAACGAGCCGCAUUACCGCCUUGUGCUGACCGAUCUCGCCGACCUCAUCGUGCCCGAGGGCGUCAAGUAUCCCGAGCAUGCCACGUGCAUCAAGGGCGACAUUACAGACCCAGCCUUUGUGCGGUCCGUCAUCGCCGCUGCCCAGCCCCUCGGCGCCGUCUUCAUCUUCCACGGCAUCAUGUCGGCCGGGUCCGAGGCCAACUUGGACCUCUCGCUCGCCGUCAACCUCGACAGCGUGCGCGGCCUGCUCGACGCUCUCCGACGCUCUAACCCAGGCGUGCGCGUCGUCUACGCCAGCUCCCAGGCCGUCUACGGGCAGCCCCUGCCCGCCCGCGUCACCGACGACGUCGCUCCCACUCCCCAUGGCACCUAUGGCGCGCACAAGCUCAUGACGGAGAUCUUCCUCAACGACCUGCACCGCAAGGGCCUGCUCGACGCCUUCAUCGUGCGCUUCCCGACCAUCUCGGUGCGGCCGGGCAAGCCAACGCAGGCGGCGUCGUCGUUCCUAUCGGGCAUGAUCCGCGAGCCCAUGCACGGGCAGGAGUGCGUGAUCCCCGUCGCGGACCGCGGCUUCAAGUCGUUCCUAUCGUCGCCGAGCACCAUCGCCGAGAACCUAGUACGCGUGCUGCGCAUGAACAGCGCGGCGCUGCCGACGCACCGUCGCCACAUCAACUUCCCGGGCAUCUCGGCGUCUGUGCAGGAGCUGAUGGACGCGCUGGCGCGGCACGGCGGCGAGGACCGGCUGAAGCUGCUGCGCGAGGAGACGGACCCCGCUCAGGAGGCCAUCCUUCGCAGCUGGCCCCAGGACUUUGACAUCAGCACGCCCCUGCGCCUCGGGCUCGUCGUCGACGAAUCGGUCGAUGGGCUGGUCGAGGAGUACGUCGACAGCUUGAAGAAGUAA